UGGGUAAACUCUUCAUUCCAAACAUGCUGCUAUUUGUAAAGCGAGGGAGAGUCCUGAAGGCGAUAGUUUUGUAGUUAACGCGUGUUUGGCGAGGAAAGGACUGGAUGACUGGAUGGUUAAACAGAAGUAUUACUGCCCGAGCUCUCGUGUAGACCAGCAGGACUCCCAGCAGAAAAAUACCUGCGGACUCUCUCCACGGGACCUGUUGGAUGAAGGUUAUGCUGAAGGUAUCAGUGACGAACGUUAUCGUUUAGAAGUGGCCCUGCCCCCUGAGAAGACCGACAGCUGUAGUGCGGAAGAGAGAAUGCAGGACACUGAAGGCUCUGCCACUGUCGGCCCACACAAACAAUUACAGUUUGAGGAGUUGGAGUGCGCUGUAUCAGUUGAAGAAGAUAACAGGCAGGAGUGGACUUUCACCCUCUAUGACUUCGAUAACAAUGGCAAGGUCACUAGAGAGGACAUCACCAGUCUACUGCACACCAUAUAUGAGGUGGUGGACGCGUCUGUGAAUCACUCCCCAAGCAGCAGUAAGACCCUCAGGGUGAAGCUCUCUGUUGCUCCAGACUCCAGCCAGAAAUGGAGGAACUGCACCCAGACCAACACAGACACUCCCCAUCCCAAGCAUAAGGGAGAAAAGUGCAUCGAGGACUCCAAGACUUCAGAGAAAAAGUCAAGAGCCUUUCUUAGGCGUUACCAUGCUGAUCACCACAACCAGCAAGCUUGCCAGCGGCACUGUGUGGAUGAGAACUUGGAGAGAAGAAACCAUUACCUUGACCUGGCUGGCAUUGAAAACUACACAUCCCGCUUCGGAACAGCAGCUCCUGCCGCAGAACCAGCAAAACCCAACCAUACCACACGUUCAUCCAAUCAGACACGUUCACGUAUCAGGAAACCAGAGAAUGGGCAGGCGUACUCUGCUCACCAUCGGCGCUCACAGACCAUCUCCACAGACCCUCCUGCCAUCCUCUCCCGGCACACACACGCACUCCGUUCCCCGAAAACGCACCGCACGCCACCAACACAGGCCUCUGCCGGUCGGGUGAUAAGAAGAGGAGCGCCCCCUCCCCCAGCGGUCCCCAACCAGACCCCUCCACACCAAAGCUCAGGCCCGUACCGACGACACAAGCAGAGGCCUAAAGAAGGCCUGCACUAUCGGGCUCUUGGGCCGACCGUGACGUCUGGCCCAGUCGUGGAGAAAGAGCAUGUGAGGGAUCUGCCCAGUCUGGUGCUAUAUGAAGGAGGACUAGCUCAGGUGGUCCAGCGACAUGAGCAUCAUCAUCAUCAUGAACAUCAUCAUCACUACCAUCACUUCUAUCAGUCCUGAAGAGUAAAACACAGAUGGGCUACAUAAAGGAUCUAAAUAAGAAUAACAACAAGGAACGUAACAAUUGAAUGAUCUUAAAUAUUCUUGCAUGGCCACAUUGAGGCUGAGAAGGACACAAAGCAUCAUGUUCAUGCCAAAGUGGCAGACAGUAUGUACGUAUUUGUAUAUAUAAGUGUGUGUGUGUGUGUGUGUGUGUGUGUGUGUGUGUGAGAGAGAGGUUGUGUGGGUCAGUUUGAAUGUGUGCUGAUGUAUUCAGUCCUGUCUUUGGCAGCAGGAGAGGUCUACUUACUACGUAAGGGCUCUAUCUUUCCCUUUUCUCUUCUUUUUUCUCUCUAUCACUGUCUGCCUCCUUUGUUUUUCAUUUUACCUCUCUUCAUUCUUAUCUGAUUGGUCUAUUUGGUUGAAAAGGUGGUCAGCCCUAUUAAAUGAAGAAUUUUGAGUUGUCAAACCACUUUUAAAGGAAUAAAAUUCCUUGGUUUUGUAACUUACAUUUUGUGUGUGCAUGUGUGCACACAAUCUGCACAUCUGUGUGCCUAAGGUGUCUUUUUUACACUUAUCCUUUUUUGUUUUCUUUUUUUCCACUGAAGACCACUUGAAAAGCACUUCUUGUGCCAUUGCAUUUGAGACACUUUAUCUAUGAAGAGCUUCUCUCUCCGAAACAACAGAUCUGAAUCAACACCUUUAAAAAUGCAAUACAGGACACAUCUACAUAAAAGAGCCAGUAAAGACACUCAAACCAUCAAAAAGGACUUUGUUGAAGGACAGUGUGAGAACUACACUCUACCAAUCUACAUGAAGAAAACAGAGCAUCAUAAUCAGCUGCUACCUCUAGUAUUAUUAUGAUUAUCGGUAUUAUUGACAAUUUUAUUCAGAUUUUAUGUUUUAUUCGUCUGUCUGUUGUAAUAUGCCACCAAUCUGCAGUCAUGUCAAGAUGUAUUGGAUUUAAAUCCAUUGUAAGCUUUAUUACUGAAACAUUUCUAUUCAUAUGUGGUUUUUUUUUUUUGUUUUUUGUUUUUGGUGUUUUCCUGUCCCUGUAACUUUAAGCUAAUUGCAUUCUAAGACCACUAGGCAUCAUAGUUUAUAGUGUAAUUAUGUGUAUCACACAAUAUGAAAUCUUAAAAUAAUCUUCUGAUGACUGUAGAAUAAUGUUUUGAAGCUUGUUAAAAAAAAUAAUUUAUUUGAAAAACAUAUUCCUGUCAGGUUUAUGGCAAGUCAAAAUGGGUCUAAUCAAAUGAUUGGAAAACAUUGAAUAUAUAAUACCUGGUAUUAUUGUAUCUUUUGCUUGAUUAGUUGUGGUUUCAACUUUUCCUUCUUAUCAGUUCAGCCAAUUCAAGUUGUAAAGUGUAAAGGAAUCUGUGCUGCCAAGGAAAAAUAGUAUUUUUAUUUCUCAGGUUCAUUUCACGUUUGAGUCAUUGAUUUGACAAGACAAUGUUAUUGGUUUUGAAGGGAGCUGUCUACCACUGGACUGAAGUUUUUUUUGUGUUUUUUUUUUUUUUUUUGGUACAGAAUCACCAUUUAGAGUUUUUAAUUCCUUUCAGAAUUCAAGAAUAUGUUCUCAGACUGAAUUAGGAUCUUUUAGACAGUAUGUUAGUGCCUUUAGUUCGGUAUUGGCAGAAGUGAGUUAGGUAGCGAGAAAACAAGUCUGGUUUAAUAGGAGUUCAUCUGUUCCCAUGCAGCAGUUUAAAACUGCAUUUAAAUAGUACAUUAUGAAUCUAUUUUAGGCUCGAUGUAUCCCAAGUCACCUAGAGGGAGUGAGUGAGUGUGUAUGGCAGCUGCCUCAUUCCUCAGGGGCAGGAUGACAGUAUCGCCGCCUAGAAGUCUCCAGUCCUCCCAUAACUCACCAAUACCCCACUGACAGAGAGUUAAUGAGUGCAUGUGCAUCUGAAACCAGCACUAUGGAAGAUUAGGAAACACAACAGCCUUCGUUCAAACUCAGCAAUAUAAUUAUUCUCAUCUCUCUUUUUUGAUGAUUUUAUACACAGAAAAAAAAAACUUGUAUUGAAAGUUAUAAAAAUGUGCACUUGUACUUGCAAUUUUGGGCCCCAAUGUGGACAGCGGUUAAAUCGAGAAUUUUGUCAGUGAUGAGAUGAGUUGAUUAUGUUUGCUUAGAACCUGUUCGACUUGCUGAUAUGUUUAGAGAGAGAUCGGCUGACUCUUCUGCUCAGGAGGACGGUGGAAAUGUGAGAGCAUCACACUACACUAAACUCUGGAAACCCACUUGCAGCUUCAGGGUGGUCUCUUCACAGCUAGUAAGUUAGUGUCAUUCGACCUUCACUCAGUUUUGCUGUUGCAGGGGAAUGAAUGUGUUAUGGAGCUUAGCUCUCCCUCUCAUUCUUUCUCUGUUUAUGGUGAGAUGUUGCCAUUUUAAAUGAUUCUGACCAUUUCUUAAACAUACAUUGCUGCUAAAAAACAAAAAAACGAAACAAUAUAUAGCAUCAUGAGAAACUGAAAAAUGUAAACAUGCCUCAUGUGCAAAACAUCUAAAUGCACAGUAGAUUCAUUUGUUAUUUUGUUAUUGUCCCACGGUGUUCUUGUUUAUCCUUUAACGAAUCAUCACACUAAAAUUGUUUAGAUGUUUGAUAGGUUCACCUGCCUGAGGGUUGUAAAUACAUCAUGCGCGGACAGCUGUGGUGAUAACAGCAUGUUAGUUGGAAUCUGCGCUAUUUAUCUGGAUGAAUGGCUAUUUUGUAUAGUGCCAUUUGUACUUACAACAUUUCUUGAUUUCUAUUGUGCUUUUGUUUAGUGUGAUUGAGUGAGUGUGUAGGACAACACACUCAGGCUCACAGCAAAUGAUUCAUGGAGGUGCUUGUACAUAAAUAACACGAUGUGGUAGCAUUUCAUGCCACACCCGAACCCUAGUCCAGAUCAUUUGUGACUUUUCCUAAUCAUUUUUCAUGCUUUUUUUGUUUAGUUUAUAUAGAUGGAUGGAAAUAAUUGCUUUAUUUAUUUAAUAGCAAACCUGUGCCAAGAGAAAACCUUUCAUUAAAAGCUGAACUGUUGCUUA